AGCGAUUCUCCUGCCUCAGCCUCCUGAGUAGCUGGAAUUACAGGUCCACCUUCUCCAAUACCUGCCUGCUGGGAGAGGACUAUCUCUUGAGAAAGGAAGGACUUCUGUGCUCCUGAGAACCUCCUAUCAGGUCCUGGCUGCAUGGAAACAAGAUGAGCUUUUACAAUUAAGGUUGGUAGAAGUCACCACAGGCAGCAGAACUCCAUCUUGAGAUGAAAUAACAUCUACCUGGACCUCUGGCAGAAUUUCAAGGCUCACACUGGGCUGACUCUGGGGCCAUGAUGUUGCCUCAUCCUUCAGCACUGGGAGAUCAAUACUGGGAAGAGAUGUUGCUUUCAAAGAAUGGGGAAAAUGUAGAGACCAUGAAGAAAUUGAUCCAAAAUCAUAAAGCGAAAGGCUUGCCUUCUAAUGAUACUGACUGGCCCCAGGAAAAGGAGGGAAAGGCCCAAAUAGUGGUACCAGUUACAUUCAGGGAUGUGGCUGUGAUCUUCACAGAAGCAGAAUGGAAGAGACUGAGUCCAGAGCAGAGGAAUCUAUACAAAGAAGUGAUGCUGGAGAAUUAUAGGAAUCUUCUCUCAUUGGCAGAACCAAAGCCAGAAAUCUACCCUUGUUCCUCCUGCCUUCUGGCCUUCUCCUGUCAGCAAUUCCUCAGCCAGCAUGUACUUCAGAUCUUCCUGGGCUUAUGUGCAGAAAAUCACUUCCAUCCAGGGAAUUCUAGCCCAAGGCAUUGGAAACAGCAGAGGCAGCAGUAUUCCCAUCUAAGCUGUUGGUAUGAAAAUGCAGAAGGUCAGGAGAGAGGAGGUGGCUCCAAACCCUGGUCUCCAAGGACAGAGGAGAGAGAAACCUCAAGGGCAUUCCCCAGCCCACUCCAAAGACAGUCAGCAAGUCCUAGAAAAGGCAACAUGGUGGUAGAAGUAGAGCCUAGCUCAGCCCAAAGACCAAACCCUGUGCAGCCAGACAAAGGCUUGAAGGAAUCAGAAACCUUGAGAUUUGGAGCAAUCAACUGUAGAGAGUGUGAACCGGACCGUAGCCUGGAAUCAAACUUUAUUACAAACCCGAGAACCCUCUUAGGGAAGAAGCCCUACAUUUGCAGUGAUUGUGGGCGAAGCUUUAAAGAUAGAUCAGCCCUCAUCAGACACCAUCGUACACACUCGAUGGAGAAGCCUUAUGUGUGCAGUGAGUGCGGGCGAGGUUUUAGCCAGAAGUCCAACCUCAGCAGACACCAGAGAACACAUUCAGAAGAGAAGCCUUACUUGUGCAGGGAAUGUGGGCAAAGCUUUAGAAAUAAUUCCAUCCUCAAGAGACAUCAGUGGACUCACUCAGAAGAGAAGCCCUAUGUUUGCAGCGACUGUGGGCGAGGCUUUAGUGAGAAGUCAUCCUUCAUCAGACACCAGAGGACACACUCCGGUGAGAAACCCUAUGUGUGCCUGGAGUGUGGACGAGGCUUUUGUGACAAGUCAACCCUCAGAAAACACCAGAGGAUACACUCAGGGGAGAAGCCUUUUGUUUGCAGGGAGUGUGGACGAGGCUUUAGCCAGAACUCAGAUCUCAUCAAACACCAGAGGACACACUUGGAUGAGAAGCCUUAUGUUUGCAGGGAGUGUGGGAGAGGCUUUUGCGACAAGUCAACCCUCAUCAUACAUGAGCGGACGCACUCUGGAGAGAAGCCUUAUGUGUGUGGUGUCUUUGCUGAAUACUUCUCUACUCCACUGAAGUUUUGCAGUCCUUAAUGAUCUGCUCAGUCCUCCAGUUCUAGGGACCCUUUAACCACAUCCCCCCGGCAGCCUUCUAGAUUGCAGGGGCAGGUCCUUUAACCAUGCCCACACUGUUCUCGAGUCAUGAGUCAUUGCUUUGGGCCUCUUAGCUACUCCCCAUGUCAGAUCAACAAUAAUAGAUGUAAAGACUCCUAAACAUAGCUCCGAUACCAUGUCCCCUUGGCCCUCUAAUUCUAGGGCCCAGUCCUGCUAAUGAUACCCACACAUCAUCCCUCUAAUAACUGGUCUGAGACAACCUAGUCAUACUCCGUCCAUUGUUUUUCAGGCCAAGGAUCUUUUACCCACACCCUUUUUUAAUCUUCCUCCCUCAGAGCCCAAAUUGCCCAGACUUUUGAAUAAACUUCGCAUGCUCUGGCUCUGAUUCUCUGUCUUGGGUCAAUAACUAUUCACUGGAGAGGGUCUUCCUAGGCUCUAGCAAAUUUGUUUGCCCAACUGGAGUUUGCAAGAUCCAUAAAAUGCAUAUCAGGCUUGGAAAAUCAGAAGCAGCACGAAGUGUUUUGGACACCUCAUUCAAGGAGAGGAUAAAAAAAGAAAGAAUUACUGGCUCCAAGGCCUCUCCCCACUUGCCUGCCCCAGGCAUGAGGUUAGUGGUCUUAAUCUGUUUUCUGCUAUUAUAACAGAAUGUCACAGACUGAGUGAUUUAUAAUGUACACAAAUUUAUUUGGUUCGUGGUUCUAGAGGCUGGGAAGUCCAAGAGCAUGGUGCCAGCAUCCAGUGGGGGCCUUUAUGCUGCAUCAUCCCAUGGUGAAGACAGUAGAGCAAGCGAGUAUGUGAGACAGAGAGAAAAAGGGGGCUGGAAUUACCCUUUUUAUCAGGAACCUACUCCAAGAUAACUAAUCCACUCUUGUGAUAUUGGUAUUAAUCUAUUUGUGAGGGCUGAGCCCUCAUAACCUAAACACCUCUUAAAGGUCCCAUCCACAAAUCUCAUCAUAAUGGCAAUUGAAUUUCAACAUGAAUUUUGGAGGAGACAUUCACACCAGAGCAUCAAUUUUCCAAUGGCUCCUUAGAGUCAGGUCUGAUGGGGGAAAAGGAUGUGCAUGUCUGGGAGUGUGGGCCCCCACCCUUUGCCAGAACUACCCCUAUAACACCAACUUCUGAUCAGAAUUGGAGGCCACUGAGGGAAAAGUAUAUGCAGGUAUAUAGUCUCUAGGAUUUUGAAGAAUGAAGGGUAGGCCCUCCCAAUUCCAGACAAUCCCAACAUUCCUCCUACCGCUGGGAAAGAAAAAACAAACAAGAAAACCAGCUCUUACCUUUGAAAAAAGGAGUGGAAAGAAAAAAAAUGAUGCAGAAUUAUUAUUGAUUUUUACUGAAAUCCCCCAUAACCUGUAGCGACCUCAGACAUGGCCCAGGGAAAGGACUGCCCCCCCAGCCCAGCAAAGGGAGAGGGGCAAAGAUGUCAUCUUUCCAGCCCUGGAAGCGGCUUCCCCAGGGUAUGCUCACUCCCCUCCUUUGUUUCUAGGAAGGGUCACUAUCAGGACCUUUCUACUCCAUCCCAGCAGGAAACGGAAUUGAAAUGUACUAGAGUUUCUCUCAGAUGAAAGAGAGGUGCAGAUUCUCCACUCUAGGACUAUGGCUUUGGUGCCUAAGAAGGAAGAGUUCAGUCUUUAUGUAUCAGCUUAUUUCCAACAUGAGAUGGGUGUUCAAAUGCCUGCAGCAUCCAAACAAGUCCUACUAAUGAGGGGACCAAGCCCAGAUUGGGUGGGGUGGGGGGUACUUUAGAGAACUGGGGGACUCAAACUAAAGUCAAAUUGCUACCUGCAUCCUUCCUGGCCUCACCAUUUAAGCCUCACUCCAAGAAGUCUUGAGGUGCACCUCUUUUUGGCCUUUUAAUUUAGCUAUCCAAAUGUCCUACCCAUUUCUUCAAACCAUGAUCUUGAGUUCAGAACCCACCAUCAUUCUUCCUCACUUUUAGUUUUAGAAUUUUUUUUUU